AUGGACAAACGUGAGGCCUGCUAUCGGCAGUUGGCUGAUGGCCUCAGUGCUGUCGCUAGUAAGCAUGGCCUGCGCCUAAUGCACACGCCAGACAAUCCGAUUUCACUGGCAGUCAGCUUAGCGGGCUUGACUUUGAAUGGCCGCUCCGAUGCCCUCACGAAGCUGGGGGCACGUCUGUUUACCCAGGGCUGUUCAGGUGUCCGUGUGAUAAUACCUGCCGAGAUUGAGGCGGCAGAGGGGCGUGCUCCAACCUGCGUCGGGGGAAUUAGUCUGCCCGGGUUCAAUUCUCAUAGUGCCGCAUCAACAGAGGCCUAUCUAAAUGCAGCGGCGGCUAUUGGGCAAACGCCAGAGGAAAUCGACCUAUUCCUUGGACGGCUGGACAAGGUAUUGUCUGAAUUUACGCGUAGGAUCCCGCAGGAGAAAAACAACAGUUUGUGA